CAGGCUCUAACUGCUUUAAUAGAGUCUAUACUUCUCACCCACCAACCCACCUGGGAGGAUUGUCAGCAACUCCUCCAGGCCCUACUAACCACAGAAGAAAGACAGCGAGUCAUCCUGGAGGCCCGGAAAAAUGUUCCCGGGCAGGAUGGGGGACUCACUCUGCUCCCAAAUGAAAUAGACGCAGGAUUUCCUCUGACCAGACCCAACUGGGACGCUGAAACCGUGGCCGGUAGGGAGCAUCUCCGUCUUUAUCGCCAGACUCUGCUAGUGGGUCUCAAAGGGGCCAGAAGGCGCCCAACCAAUUUGGCAAAGGUACGUGCUAUAAUCCAAGGAGAAAGUGAAACCCCCGCAGGGUUUCUAGAAUGAUUGAUAGAGGGAUAUCAGAUGUACACCCCUUUUGAUCCCACAGCCCAGGAGCGUCAGGCAGAUCUUAUUAUGGCCUUUAUAGGACAAUCAGCUCCUGACAUUCGUGGUAAGCUCCAACAGCUGGAGGGCCUUCAGGGGUACUCCUUACAGGAUUUAGUAAGAGAAGCUGAAAGAAUCUAUAAUAAACGAGAAACUUUAGAAGAAAGAGAAGAUAGAAUCAGAAAAGAGCAGGAAGCUAGAGAAGAUAAGAGAGAGAAAAAGAAAAAUAAAGAAUUAAGUCGAAUUCUGGCCACAGUAGUUCAGGGAACAGGACCAGGACCAGGCAGGAACCUGGGAGACAAGAGAAGGCCCCGAGUGGAUAAAGACCAGUGUGCCUAUUGCAAGGAGAGAGGACAUUGGGCUCGAGGAUGUCCGAAGAAGCUGAACAGACUUCAAAAGAAAACAACCCCAGUCCUGACUCUAGGGGACUAGGGAGGUCAGGGUCAGGAGCUCCCCCCUGAGCCCAGGGUAACCUUAAAGAUAGGAGGGCAAUUGACUACCUUCAUGGUAGACACAGGAGCUCAACACUAGGUCUUGACAACAACCGAGGGACCCAUGAGCUCCAAAACAGCCUGGGUCCAAGGGGCCACCAGAGGGAAGACAUACAGGUGGACCGCAGAAAGAAAAGUGGACCUCAGCACAGGACAGGUUUCCCACUCAUUCUUGCUGGUCCCCAACUGUCCCUAUCCCCUUCUUGGGAGAGAUUUACUCUCUAAGCUGGGAGCCCACAUCUACUUCACUAAAAAGGGAGCUACUCUAGAAGGAAAAUAUGGAGCUCCACUACAAGUGCUAACCCUGCAACUGGAAGAUGAACAUCGGUUAUAUGAAGAACCAAUAGAAGGGACUCCUGGUAUAUCUGAUUGGCUAAUUAAAUUCCCUUCAGCAUGGGCUGAAACAGGAGGCCCGAGAUUGGCACCCAAUCAACCUCCAAUAGUGGUCACCUUAAAACCAUCUGCAACCCCGGUUUCAAUCAAGCAGUACCCUAUGAGCAGAGAGGCCCGAGAGGGAAUUAGACCCCACAUUCGAAGACUUUUACAAAUAGGCAUACUCCACCCCUGCCAGUCCCCUUGGAACACUCCACUGCUCCCCGUAAGAAAGCCAGGGACGAAUGACUAUUGACUGGUUCAAGACCUAAGAGAAGUUAAUCAGAGAAUAGAAGAUAUCCACCCCACUGUUCCAAAUCCCUACAAUCUCCUGAGUUCCUUGCCUCCCAGUCACAGGUGGUAUACUGUACUUGACCUGAAGGAUGCGUUCUUCUGCCUAAGGCUGAGUCUGGUUAGCCAGCCCAUUUUUGCUUUUGAAUGGAAGGACCCUGAAGCUGGAAUAUCGGGGCAACUAACCUGGACACGACUUCCCCAACCAUUCAAGAACUCCCCUACUCUGUUUGAUGAAGCUUUACACCAUGAUCUGGCUGACUUUUGGGUAAGAAACCCACAGAUUAUGCUUCUUCAAUAUGUGGAUGACCUCCUCUUAGCAGCUGAGACAGAAGCUGGCUGUCUGCAAGGUACGGAGGCUCUCCUAUUGAGACUGGGGGAACUUGGACAUUGGGCCUCGGCAAAGAAAGCCCAGAUCUGCUUACAGCAGGUGAACUAUUUAGGCUAUAGGUUAGAGGGAGGGCAACGUUGGCUGACAAAAAGCAGGAAACAGGCAGUAGCCUCUAUCCGCCCACCAACCUCAGCCAGAGGACUCCGAGAAUUCUUUAGAUUAUGGAUACCGGGUUUCGCUGAAAUAGAAGCUCCUCUAUAUCCUUUGACAAAGAAUGGGACCCCUUUUGUCUGGACUGAAGAACACCAGAGAGCGUUUGACAAAAUAAAAAGAGCGUUGCUGAUGGCUCCAGCUCUAGGAUUGCCAGAUUUGACAAAACCUUUCAUCUUAUACAUAGAUGAAAAUAAAGGAAUGGCAAAAGGAGUUCUUACUCAGACUUUGGGACCCUGGAAAAAGCCAGUGGCUUAUCUCUCAAAAAGACUGGACAAUGUAGCUGCUGGCUGGCCCCCAUGCUUGAGAAUUAUGGUGGCAAUAGCAUCCCUGGUAAAAGACUCAGACAAACUCACCAUGGGUCAGCCCCUGACUAUUAUAACACCACAUGCGGUGGAGUCCAUCAUUAGACAGCCCCCUGACAGAUGGCUGUCAAAUGCCAUGGUGACCCAUUACCAAGCAUUAUUAUUGAAUCCAGAAAAGAUUAAGUUUGGCAGCCCGACCACCUUGAACCCCACCAUGCUACUACCAGCUCCUGAAAAAGGUACUGAGAUUCCCCAUGACUGCCAGCAAAUACUUGCAGAAACACAUAGGACUAGAGAAGACCUCACCGACCAGCCCCUAAUCGAUGCAGAUGCCACUUGGUAUACGGAUGGGAGCAGUUUUCUGAAAGACGGUGAACACAAGGCGGGGGCGGCGGUGGUUGAUGGAGAAAGGAUAAUCUGGGCCCAAGCCCUGCCAGCUGGAACUUCAGCCCAACAGGCUGAACUAGAAGCCCUAACCCAGGCCCUAAAAUUAGCAGAGGGCAAGAAAGUCAACAUUUACACCGACAGCCGCUAUGCGUUUGCCACAGCUCAUGUACAUGGGGAAAUUUACCGGAGGCGGGGACUCCUCACCUCGGCUGGUAAGAACAUUAAAAACAAAGAAGCAAUAGUGGCCCUUCUGCAAGCCUUGUACUUGCCAAAAAAGGUCAGCAUUAUCCAUUGCCCUGGACAUCAGCGAGACCAGGGGCCGAUUGCUCGGGGAAAUCAGAUGGCAGAUGAAAUUGCCCAUCAGGCAGUGGAAGAUAUUUGUAUUCUCUACACCCAUUUGGACCUUGAGGCUGAAACUGAAGCACAAACAAAGGAGGGAGAUGCUCUUUUCACCUACACUGAGCAGGAUCUGGAACUCGUUCAGAAGCUCAACGCUACUUUGGACCCAGAAUCUAAAAUGUGGAAAUAUCAGAAUCAAAUCAUACUGCCCCGAAAGGCGGCCCUUGAGUUAAUCUCCCAACUCCACCAGUGGACACACCGGGGACACAAGAAACUAAAAACACUAUUAAAAAGAGAAGAACAACACUAUUAUUUCCCGGACCUCAACCAGCUAGUCCAGAAGGUAGUGGGAGAUUGUGUCUCAUGUUCCCUGGUAAAUGCUUCCAGAUCAAAGGUCCCAUCUGGUAGGAGAGAAAGAGGGACACGACCAGGGACUAACUGGGAAGUAGAUUUUACUGAGGUACUCCCAGGAAAGUAUGAUUAUAAAUACCUUUUAGUGUUUAUAGACACUUUUUCAGGGUGGGUUGGGGCUUUCCCCACCUGGAAGGAAACAGCCCAGACUGUGGUGAAGAAACUAAUCAAAGAAAUCUUCCCUCGAUUCGGACUGCCUAAGCUCUAUUUCGAGCUAGAAAAACUCCUGCUAUACACGGUCUAA